ACUCUGCCCACUCGUGUCUGGCUCUCUGCGUUGCUUCCCCCUGUUUGUUUGUUUUAAUUGCCUCACGGGCGGAGCUUGGCACUGCGUUCCCGAACGGAAAAGUUUUGGCUUUUCCUAUCUCCACCUUCCCCCACCACCCCCCCCCUCUCUUUAUCGCUUUGUCUCUGGUCCUGAUCUGGAUGACACCCAGGCGCCUGUUUCCCAAACGCAGGAGCAGGAGCUGCGCUCGCUCCAGGUUAGCUGUUCAUUCAGUGGACGCUUCGACUGCCACAGCGAGCCUCCUCGCUCACUCUCCCAUUUCACGUUGGAAAGACCGACCUGUUAAUAUUAGUGAAACCUGACGAGAACUUGACCAGGGAAGCACCAUGUCACAAGCAGGAGCACGGAAGACGAUGUCGGAUUUCUGGGCGGAACAUUCCAGAAAGGCCACGAUCGAGGAGAUGAUGCUAGACUCCAGCGCUGAGGUCAUCACCCAGAUUGAGAAACCCGAGAUCCUCGCUAUGCUGCCCAACUACAAGGGGCAGCGGGUGUUAGAGCUCGGAGCUGGCAUUGGGAGGUUCACGGGGCUCCUGGCCGAUGCCGCGGGCCACGUCACCGCAGUGGACUUCAUGGAGAAGUUUGUCGGCAAGAACCGGGACGUGAACGGUCGCCGCGUCAACAUCAGCUUCCUACAGGCUGACAUCACGCAGCUGGAGUUGCCAAGCAACAGCUUUGACCUGAUCUUCUCUAACUGGCUGUUCAUGUACCUGACCGAUGUGGAGCUGGUGGAUGUCACCAGGCGCCUGCUCUCCUGGCUCAGCCCGAGGGGGUACCUCUUCUAGGAAUCCUGCUUCUAUCAGUCAGGGAAUGUGAAGAGGGAGUUUAACCCGACGGUGUAUCGAACACCAGCCGAUUACAACCACAUCCUGACAUCGAGCACAGACUCAUCAGAGCGAGAGCCGGGCAUCGUCUGGGGGUUCGAGAUUGUAAUGUGUAAAUCUGUACAGGCAUACAUCAAGUUGAAGCAGAACCAGAACCAGGUUUGCUGGUUACUGCAGAAGGUGAUUCGCGAUCGAUCGGCCAAUCAGGGAUACGCGACAUUCCAGCAGUUCCUGGACAGUAAGCAGUAUUCCCGGAACAAUAUCCUGCGUUACGAGCGGAUCUUCGGGCACGGAUUUGUCAGCAGCGGGGGCCUGCUCACCACCAAGCAAUGUGUUGAGAUGUUGAAGCUGGCCCCUGGACAGUCAGUCCUAGACGUUGGGUGUGGAAUCGGAGGAAGUGACUUUUACAUGGCGAAG